GCCACACACAGAGAGUUCGUUUUGAUAUAUAUAAAGCACAUGAAGACUCUGAGGUCUACCUGAAUGCAGCAAGUUUCUCUGAAUAUUAAUUACUGACAAGAAGAAUGAAUUCUGCUGUCUAUCUGUGCUUGAUAUUGCUUGGCCUUUGUGCCACCAUCCAAGGCCACCACCUGGAGGGUCAUGAUGACAACACAAGUGCAAAUGCUCUUAAAAUAUAUACCUACACUGCUCAAUUUGCAGUUACAUUAUACAAAGAGCUUUCUGCAGCAUCACCUGGCAAGAAUGUUUUCUUCUCACCCCUCAGUAUCUCAGCUAUAUUUUCACUUCUCUCACUGGGGGCAAAAUCAACCACCCACACUCAGAUUCUAGAAGGCCUUAGCUUUAACUUGAGCACAAUCCAGGAAAAGGAAAUUCAUCAGAGUUUCCAUGACAUCUUCUCCGUGCUGACUCGCCGUGACAGUCAGAUCCAGCUCGACAUCGGACAGGCCUUGUUUCUGAAAGAGGACAAAAAGCCACUGCAGAAAUUUUUGGAUGACAUCCAUGGCUUCUAUGAUGCAGAGAUUUUACCGACAAAAUUCCAGGAACCAGUGGAAGCUGAGAAACAGAUCAAUGAUUAUGUAGAAAAGAAAACCCAUGGGAAAAUUGUGAAGUUGGUCAAUGGCCUUCAAGAAGAUACCGAACUGGUGUUGGUUAAUUACAUGUUCUUUAAAGGCAACUGGAAGAAACCUUUUGAUCCACAGCAGACGACAGAAAGGGACUUCUUUGUGGAUCAGGAAAAAACAGUCAAGGUCCCAAUGAUGCAUAGGAUGGGUUGGUUUUACUACUAUUUUGACCCUGAGCUGUCUUGCACCGUGCUGCAACUUGACUACAACGGGACGGCCACUGCAUUUUUUGUUCUACCCGAACGCGGAAAAGAGAAGGAACUGGAACAAUCGCUGUCAACAUGUGUUUUGAACAAAUGGGCAGUCCAUGUUUCCCGUCACACAGCCAACGUGUACGUUCCAAAGUUUAAUAUUUCUACCAGCUAUGAUCUAAAGGAGCCCCUCAUCAAACUGGGUAUUAGAGAUGUUUUCUCUGACCACGCUGACCUGACUGGAUUCACCGGGCAACCUCUGAAAGUAACAAAAGUUAACCAUAAAGCUGUGCUGACAGUUGAUGAAAAAGGGACUGAGGCAGCGGCAGCCACUGCUGUAGAAGCCAUGCCUAUGUCAUUACCUCCCACCUUGGAAUUCAACCACCCUUUUAUGGUACUGCUUUACAACACAGUCACCAACAGUACCCUCUUCAUUGGCAAAAUAGUAGACCCAACUGAGCAAUGAGCAACCAAGUACUGUACAGCAAAUUCUUGAUGCAGCUCCUGAAUUAAAAACUCACCUUGUAACCAAAA